AUGGAGUACGAGCUGCUAUACACCAUACACCACGACUACACCGUAAAGGCCGUACAAAAGUACGGUCGUGUGUACGGCGCGUAUACGGUCACCGGGAGGAUGUUGGUGGUAAACGAGCCCGACCUACUCCGGGACAUAUUGGUCAGAGAUUUUCACGUAUUCGCCGAUCACAGACACAUUGGCCCAGGGUCGGAAAAGGUGAGCAAGCACAUAUACUUCAUGCUGGGCGACGACGAUUGGAGGCGCGUGCGAUCCAUAGUGUCCGCGGCGUUCACGUCGGGGAAAGUGAGGGCAAUGAUGGCACACGUCGACCACAUUUGCAACACUUUUGUCGACAAUCUGGACGCGUAUCAAAGAAAAGGCAUUUAA